AAGGCUAUUUUCUAGACUCCUCACAACAAAUUAUGAGUGUCACUCACCAUCCAAUCAUUUUCUGAGUGACACCGUUUAACAUCUGUCGCUCAGCUGUUGGUUAAUCUCUGUGAAACUGUCGUUUUGUGCUUAGUUUUCCUUGUUUGCUAACGUUAGCGUAAAUGUUCGACAUGGACGUUUCUUCCAGCAGGGUAUUUUUGUUUGUUUUCACUCCUUUCUCCUCUCGUUAGCCCCACUUCCUGGCCACUGGACCUCUUUAUGUGUAUGUAUUGAGACCCCGGAUGCCAUUGUAGUCACCCCAGCUACUUGUUUAGAGGAUUUAAGCUGUGUGACAAAUGGCCAACGCUGCUCCUCCGACUCCGGGCGUUGAAAACGCAAGUCCCGGAUCUAGUAGCUCGGCUGCCGCUGACAGUGGCAACCAGGACAGCACCUUUGAAUGUAACAUAUGCCUGGACACCGCCAAGGACGCCGUGAUUAGUUUAUGUGGACACCUCUUCUGCUGGCCUUGUUUGCAUCAGUGGCUGGAGACUCGACCCAACAGACAAGUGUGUCCAGUAUGCAAAGCUGGUAUCAGCCGAGAUAAAGUAAUCCCCAUAUAUGGGCGCGGAAGUACAGGUCAACAGGAUCCAAGAGAAAAAACACCCCCACGACCACAAGGACAAAGGCCCGAGCCAGAAAACCGUGGGGGUUUUCAGGGAUUUGGCUUUGGAGAUGGAGGCUUCCAAAUGUCGUUUGGGAUCGGUGCCUUUCCGUUUGGUAUUUUUGCAACAGCUUUUAACAUCAAUGAUGGAAGACCUCCUCCAGCAGCGGCUCCGGGGACACCGCAGCACACGGACGAGCAGUUUCUGUCUCGACUCUUCCUCUUUGUGGCUCUCGUGAUCAUGUUUUGGCUGCUAAUUGCAUAAAACUCAAGAGAUCUGA